UCUCUUCCCCCCCUUUUCCCUCUUGUGACAUCGCUCUUCAUCCCCCCUCUGUCGCUGCUCUCGCCGUUUCCCCCCUGCCUUGUGCGCCUCUCUGCAACAUCCGGGAUGUUGUCCCUCAACAUGAGGCUCGGCGCCCUGGGCACCGCCUCCCGACGACUGUUUGCCUCUAAAGUGACCCAAGCAGGCCCCCCGAAGACCCUGAUCCCCGGUUGUCGCGUCAGCCUCAUCCCACCCACACACCCCGACUCUCGUCCUUUUCUCGUGGCCACUGUCACACCCCGCCUCGACACAGCCCAGCUGGAAGCCAACUUCCACAUUCCCGCAUGUGACCACGUUGCCUUUCGCGCCAAGGAUGUCCACUUUCCUCGAGAAUCCAUCGACUUCCUCUGUCGAAUGGCCCUCCCUGCAUCUAGCCUGAACCUCGCCGGCUGGUAUCUUACCCCGCAACUUCUGUCGGUUCUGGUUAGCCCCAAAACCAGCUUCCUGACCAUUGAAAGUCCCAAGGUCUUCCUGCCUCAAGACGAGGUCAUGGACAAGUAUCUUAGCUUCGAGCCGCACAAUGUGCACUCGCUGACCCUCAAAAAGGUUCACUUGACAUACUUCGCGUCCUUCUUCUUUGCCAACUUCUUCCGGGCCACUCAGGCCACCAAUGGGCUCAGUCUCUCCCUCAUCGACUGCCCUAUCGACCACGAUGGCCUCAACCUGAGGGAUCUACUCAUGGAUCUGCCCAUUCGGCAUCUCGAGAUCGAUUCCCCCUCUCGGCUCAACAUCAACCGACUCUUCGCUAUCCUUUCGACCAUUACCACUCUCGAAUCGAUCAGCAUCAAUGGAAUCCACGGAUUUUCCAUCCAGGAAAAUGUGCUCGACGAGUGCAAACAACUGCGCCUCCUGGACUUGCGUGGCCGGUCGGCGCCCAGCUUCAAGGACUAUCGUGACCUCAUCACCAUGGCGGAGAGCCGUUCAUUCCAGGUUCUCCUUCCCUCCCCAAGCCGCUUUGGCAACAUCUUCCCCGGACCCGUAGUCCAUGCCAGCUCUUCUGGCGAGGCCCCCUUCGGCUACAAUAAGUUCGGCUCGCUGGCCUUCCAGCAACUGGUUGCUGAUCGUGACAUCCAGCACUGUCGGGUAUCAUCGCACCUGGCUCGCUCCACCACCGAGCUCAACCAUUACUUCCACGCCCUCGGACUGGGGGCCUUGCAGACGGUGAUCAGCCCGCUCUAUGAGUACCUUUGCGAGACGGCCCUGACCACGGACACUCCUCCGGGUGCCUCUGCCCCCUUCGAUCAAGUCCGCAAGGCCCUCUUUGCCGGGCCUCCACUGCCUCUCAAGGAGGCUCUCUCAGAGCUCCUCCGCCAGCAGCCUGGCCUUCUCAGCUCCUCCGCCCAAGAGCGUGUUUUCUUUGCCCUUUCCCCCGAAAAGUGGAGCGUCUCGGACCUGCGUCAUCCUUUGCCGGUGGAGGUGGCCGGGCGCCUGAUCUACCUCAAUCAUCUGGAUGCAUUGCUGACCCUGGCCCUGUAUGACCAUGCCAUCUGCCGGGCCCUGGCCACCGGGCAGGCGCACCAUGUGUCCGGCUUCGAGGUGGAGCUCUUCGCCAUUCUGCGCGGCCUGGCGCCAAAUGACCCACGCCAGGAUCUUUCUUCCCUCCUGGCGGCUGUGCUGGAUCAUGUCCACGCCGAGGUCCCCUUGAUGUCCUUCUUCCCAAGUGGCACCCAGUUGGCUACCCUCUCGCCGUUGGAUCUGUGCGAUCGCUUCAACAUGUACAACUCGCAAGCCCUGCUCCUGGCAGCGCACCUUCGCCGGUUAGUGGAGCCCUCUCUUCCGCCCCCGGAGCCCACAUCCUUCCUGUGCAUCAACCGAGUCGAUAUCAAUGACUGGUUCGACAUGGCAUCUCAACUUUCCACCGAGCCCUUCACCUCGGUUUCCCCGGUGCCGCCCCCCUUGAGGCAAGCCUCGUCGACUCUCUUCUCGGCGCAUGGCACCAGCGCCCAGCGCCUGGCCACCCUCCCCUGUCCCUCGGCCGCCGACUUCCUGGACUUGGCUUCCGGGUUUGGCCUGCUCGGUCUGCUGAAGAUGGAGCAAUUCUUCCACAAUCUCGGCCCAUUCGAGGGGUCUCCCCUCCGCCAGGCCAUCAGCCAGCACAUCUCGGCCACGGCCCCGGGCAAGUUCCAUCUCCCCUCCGGCACCCGGAACCAGCUGAACCUCACGGAAAACCUCCCAACUCCCCAUCUUACCUUCGUCCAGUGGCGCCUCAAUAGCCUCCUCACACAUGGGCAGACGCUUCUCAAUUGGUCCAUCGCGUCCGGCGCCGUGCCCAUGUGGCUGGCACAGCUCCGCUUGGACAUGCCUCUCCUACCGGCGUCCGUGCCGCCGACCGCGGCCGCCAUGGCCCUCGCACCCCUGCGCCACCCUCGACAGCUGCACAUCCUCCCUGGCCCCGACAGCACACACUCGAGUGCCGAUGACCCGGACAGCUGGGAAUUCAUCACCCACUAGGACGGCCUGUGUGUUGCGUGGAUAGAAACAGAGUGUCAAACGGGAACACUCCCCCCCCCCUGCGAAUCUUCACCACGAGCCGAGGCAAUCCCCCGGGACAUCCCCGGCCGCCAUGAGGUUGGGUGUCAAUCCGGUGGCACCUCCCAGCGUGGCGCCACAUUCCCGACUCCCCACCCUUCCGCCGCGAUCGGGUCUUCUCCCGGGGGUCUUGCGCCUUGAUCUUUUUUUUUUACUCGCAUGCAUCGGCUUGUCGAUGGUGCAUGUGUCACUUCGGAUGUUUGACAUCGUCCCCCUCUCCCACCCCCACCCCCACCCCCUCCCGAUUUCCACUUUAGAUAGACC